GAUUACAGCUCGUCUUCUGAAUAUUUUUUCAUGCUGCAAAACCCGCAGUUUGAAUCGGCAACAUGAAGAUAGUGACAACCUUACACCAACCCUCGGCUGUCGUCAGCUCGGUCAAGUGCAAGCUCGUGAAUCACUUCGAGCUUGGCUACCUCGUCGUCGCAAAGACAGAUCGCAUCGAGGUCUCGUCAAUACAGCCAGAUGGGCUCAGAAAAGAAUGCACAUUGGACAUAUGGGGUCGUGUUCUCUCGGUCUGCGCAGUGCCCGCAGAGGCGGAAGGCGUGUCGAACCUGCUCGUCCUUACGGACCAUCCUUAUCCCAAGCUAAUUCUGUUCGCAUUCAAUGGAGAGACAAGAGAGCUGGACGAAAAGUGGUUCGCGGACUUGCACGAUCGCAACGCUCGGCAUGCCGAAUACCUGAACGACAUCGUCGUCCAUCCGGCAGGCAGGGCGGCGGCCGUCAGCUGUUAUGCCGGAAAGCUCAAAGUCGUGACAUUCAAGAAGGGCGGAGUGGACAAGCACUUUGAAGUGAUCCUACCCGAGCUGAAUCUACUGGCCCUCAGCUUCCUGUAUUCCGAACCGAAUGCGCACACCCACACCCUCGCCAUAAUGCACAUAGACCACAAACAGCGGAUACAACUGCUCGCACGCGAGCUCGACAUUGACGCUCUGGACCUUUCGGUCGAGAUCGCCCACACAAUUCCGCACACCAUCCUUCCGGCUAACCAUUUCCCGUUUACCGAGCAGCCCCUCAGGCUCGUGUCCGUGCCCCCCUUCUCGCUCUCUCAAACACCAGAACAGGAGGACACGGAAGAUCGGCCUUCAAAGUGUCGAGGCGGAGUCAUCGUCCUCGGUGGACGCAAGGUCAACUUCUACGAGCUUUCCGACAAGAAAACCGUCCGCGACCUCAAGAACAAGGCGCAGAGGCAGACGAAGCGGCGUGCCAGCGGCAACGCAGAGCAGAUAAGGAUCGCAGAAGAAAAGGAUGCGGCGAGAGAGUUGAAGAAGGUCAAGCCACGGGCGACGGUGAAGUGGCCCUGGAGCGAAGUUACUGCGUCUGCCUCCAGAUGGUGUCCAGCCGAUGACGAGAUGCGAAGAUUCUUUGUCGGGGAUGUAUUCGGCCGACUCAGUCUUCUGACAAUCAAUGACGAUCCAGAACUAAUCAUCAUCCCAUUGGGCGAGAUUUCAUCACCGACAACUCUGUCCUACCUAUCAUCCCAGGUCCUGUACGUUGGUUCGGUCCUGGGAAACUCGCAGCUCCUACGCAUCUCACCUUCACCUGUGGGAGACAUCGAUAGCGAUACGUUGCCCAUCCCAGGCGGCAUACACACAAUAAAACCUGCGGAGUUGAGUACACUCCGCGCAGAGAGCCCGGAUGAAGACUACGACAUGCGGGAUGCGUUCGACACGCCCGAAGGCAGGGGUGGCAAGAUUGUCAACUGCAAGGGUAGGUUUAUUGAGGAGCUCACGCAAUACGCGAACAUUGCGCCAAUCGUAGACGCCGUGAUGGCGGACCCGGACGAGAGCGGACAGCCUCAAAUCAUAACAUGCUCAGGAGGUGCAAACACCGGCUCGCUGAACGUUGUCCGUACGGGCGCCGACUUCCAGGAGCUGGCCGUCCUCAACGAGAUCCCCAAUGUGACAAACAUCUGGCCGAUCAGGACAAGCUUCGACGGACCCGCUGACACAUACGUGCUUGCGACGACACUCUACGAGUCUUUCGUCCUGCGCUUUGACGAUGGUGAUUCAGUCACACGUAUAGAUCCUUCCGCGACCGAGCUUGUCACGAAUCGGCCAACGAUCGCGGUCGCGAACAUCCCCCGGCGUACGACUCAGCAAAACGCGUCGACGUACAUUAACUCGUCAUUAGUGGUCCAGGUCACCCCGCAAGGACUGAACCUGGUCGAGUACGAUGUCGCGCUCGGUGCCUUCAACAAGGUCGGCGACGGCUGGUCGCUCCAGAAACAAGAGAACCCUUUGUGGAGAGCGAAGGAGAUUGUCGCGGCGAGCAUCAACCCGAGCCAGUUCGCUGUUGCACUCAACGGUGGAACGUUCUUGUUGUUCAACCUGAGUCCAGACGGACAACUCAACUUGCUACAAACCCGCGAAUUCCACGGCAAGGAGAUCGCCGCCCUCUCCUGCGCGCCUCUCGACCCGAGCAAGAACUUCUCGCCCUUCGUCGCCGUCUCCUUCUGGGGGUCCAACACCGUCACGCUGCUCUCGACGAAAGACCCGGCGCUCGGGACGCACACGGAGAGCGCGCCGCUGCCCGCGCUCGCGCACUCGCUGCUCCUCCACAACUUUGGCGCGGGCCGGAGCACGCGCGACGCGGACUUCCAGCCCUACGUCGUCGCAGGCCUCGUCGACGGCACGGUCGCGUGCGUGAGCUUCCGGAACAACGAGCUGCGGGACCAGAAGCUCUUCGCGCUCGGCGCGGCGCCCGUCAGCCUCGCCGUGUCGACCGUCGACGGUGCCCGGAUGGUGCUCGCGACUGGCAGCCGCGCGGCGGUGUUCUACUGGGACCGGCAGCGGCUGCGCCAGUCGCCCGUCAUGCUCAAGAACGUCGCCGUCGGCGCGGGGCUGAACACCGCGGCGUUCCCGGCGUGCCAGAUCCUAGCGACGCCGUCGAGCCUUGUCGUCGGCCAGAUCCGGGGGGUCGACAAGAUGCAGAUACGCUCGUUUGGGCUCGGACACGAGAGUCCGCGGCGCAUUGCGUACCACUCGGACCUCAACCUCUUUGGCGUCUCCAUCGCCAAGUCAGCGCCGGCACGCGUCGGCGAGGCUGAGCUGCAGGAGAGCACCUUUGAGAUCAAGGACAGCGUCACCUUCAGCACCAUCAGCCUCUUCACUGCCGAGCCGGACGAAGAGAUCACCGCCGUGCUCGCCUUGCCGGCGGGUGCUCCGGGCUGUUUCGUCGUGGGCACCGUCAAGCACCAGCACGGCGAGUUCGAGCCCUCGGCGGGGCGGCUCAUCCUCUUCGGCGUCGUCCCCUCGGUCGACGGCGGGCGCGAGCUGAAGAAGCUGGCCGAGGCGGAGGCCAACGGCUGCGUGUAUGCGCUCGCAGCGGUCGAAAACGGGGUGGCGGCUGCCGUCAACACGUCGGUUGACCUGUAUGGGAUGGUGGAGCACGAGGGCGCGCACGCGCUCGAGAAAGUCGCGGCGUGGAACCACAACUACUUUGUCACGAGCCUCGUCGCGAGGGGCGGCCGGCUGAUCGCGGGCGACGCGAUCAGCUCCGUGUCCGUGCUCGAGGUGCUGCGCGGCAGCCACCUCCGGACGAUCGCGAGGGACUACGGCCCUGUCUGGCCCGUCGCCGUCGAGGCGACCAAGGACGGCGGCGUCAUCGGCGCAAACACCGACGGCAACCUCUUCACGUUCGCCCUCCCCGAGGGCCCGCGCGCGGUGCUCGAGCGGAACGGGCACUACCACCUCGGCGAGCUCGUGAACAAGUUCAUCCCGGGCGCGCUCGUUGGCAACAACAGCGGCGGUGGCAGUGGCGGCGAGGGCUCACUGUUCGAGACCGAGCAGCUCUUCGUGACGUCGAGCGGGCGCGUCGGGCUCGUGCACCACGUGUGCGACGACGGGGUCGCGCUGGCGCUGACGGCGCUGCAGCGGAACCUCGGAGGCGUGCUCGGCGACGGACCGGGAGGAACGGCGCACGGGCAGUGGCGCGCGCCGGCGAACGCGCGCGGGCGCAGCGAUGCCGAGGACGGCGCGACGGGCUUCCUCGACGGCGACCUGCUCGAGUCGUUCCUCGUGCGCUCGGAGCGGGACAGGGAGAGGUGCCUCCUGGGGCGGAACGCGGCGGAGCGCAUCGCGCUGGAGGCUGAGCAGGUGGAGGGCAUACUGGAGAAGCUCCAGGGUUUGCACUAGGUGGGUAUUGAUGGGGGUAAAGAGAAGGGAAACGUGUAUGCUGGUGGGGGAGGUCUCAAUGUCCCGUCCUAGGACUAAAUUGUGUACUAUAGUUGCAAUAUUGUUUGUAGAGACAUUCUGUUUGUCCUGUGCAUUCGCGGAUACAAGUACAUUUUGGUCUUUCGGUGACACGCAUCGCUACUGGAUCUUGACGGUCACGCUUUCGUCCUCUCCGUACUGUGCUAUCCACCCCUGAACGCCUCCCGUCAGGAUUCUCGCCUGGCUGCUCUCGAUCCCGGCGUCGUCCAAGGCGUCCUGAUAGUACGACGCGCCGCGGGCACCGCGCGAGACGAUGCUGCAUGCCUUGCAGUAGAAGAUGACGUGCGGGACGUUGCUGAACAGCGGCAGCAACGCCGAGAGCGACUGGUGGAGAGACUGUGCGGGCAGGUUCACGGACGUCCGGACGUAUGCCGUCUGCAGGUCGCUUUGUCAGUCCAGGAGGGUGUAGGAGGGGAAGGGGGGAGACGAUAUGGCAGUACGCACGUCCCAGUCUGCCUUGCGGAGGUCGACGAGGAUGUAGUCGACGCCUGCCGUCUUUGUGCGGAUGAGCUCUGCGACCUCGGCGGGAUCUAUGCGGGCGGGGUUGCUCCUGGGCGGCGGGAGCGACUUGGCCCAGUCGGGGACGUUCUGCGACCAGUCGGGCGUGUCAGAGGACAUGGUCGUUGUAAUCCUCUCAGUUGUGCAAUUUUCUUCGGCGGCUGAUU